UCAUUCAACUUCAAGCUAAUCGCAAAAGACGUCGCGCGCUCUCACUUCUUCUUAGACAGGAGAGGAAGGAGAUGCGCUUGACCGCUUCACUGCCACAUUAAAACACACAAUCAGCACAAUGUCCACACCGAGCGGUUUUGUUCCAUGGGCAGGGAGUGUCUUGUGAGUCUGUGUGACCUCCAGCACUGAGCUCGAUGUCUUCUGAAUGUACGCGCUCGCUCCUCGUCGUGUUGUGCUUCAUCCUGGCUACAGGUGCACAUGGAGGAAAGGUGUGCACUGUAAGAACAAGCAAAGGUGAAAAGGUCCUCUUAGGAUCCAACUUCACUUUCUCCUGCAUCUUUAACGAGCAAUGCACCAAACUAAUGUUUCGGAAUGGGACACAAAUAAAAUAUAAACAAUUCCCCAAUUCGAGUGAGGUGUCUGUGGAUGUUCACAAUUUAACAGCGCCAAGCACCUUCAGCUGCCAGUGUAAUGGAAACCCAGAGCCGUGUGGAAUUGACAUCAAACCAGGAUACCCUCCAGAUGUUCCACAAAACCUGACCUGCGUUCAGAAAAUGAAAUCUGGCAACAUCAGUUGCAUUUGGACAACAGGAAGGGGUACCGUAAUCGACACCACAUGUCAGUUACGGUUUCAAGAUGACCCGCACCUCGUCUAUAAGAGCAUUAUGAACUCUACAGGAUUUUGUCACUCCACUUUUCCCAUCAAAAGCUCGAAAUUGUCACAGCUGUCCGUGUCGCUCAAUGUCUCUAACAGCCUGGGCUUCAAAACCUCACACCCCCACACCAUCAUCCUCAGCAAUAUAGUAAAACCCUCAAUGCCUAAAAUUGUUCAUGUGAGCUGCUCUUCUCGAUGGUGCAACCUACACACAGACAAUCACAGCUUGAACGUGGUUGAAAUUCAGUACAGUGCAGUGAAUGGGAUCCGGAGCACCCUCCAGAUUAAUGCUAAGAGCAGAUUGAACAUAUCUUCACUGCGGCCAUAUACCACGUACAAGUUCCAGAUCAGGAGGAAAAUCAAACAUAGCGUAGGUCUGUGGAGUGACUGGAGUCAACCAAAGGAAGUAAAAACUAAAGAAGAAGCUCCUGACACGGUGCUUGACGUCUGGUACCUUCAAGAACCGAAACCCCAACAAUCUAACAGAAAGUGUUUCCGCAUAUUUUGGAAGGAAUUGAAUUUAUCAGACGCUAAAGGGAAGAUUCUGAAGUAUAAUAUAAGUGUUCUGAAUCAAACGGGGAUUAACUCUUCCAUCGCUGAUCCACGCAGGAGAAAUAAGACAACAUGCUGCUCUCAUUGUUCUGUGUCAGUGUCCGCAGUUAACUCAGUGGGUCAAUCUCCUGACAAAUUUCUUUAUCUGCAUUCUCCCGGCCUGUUUUCAGGUUUCACGCAACAGCGGCCAUUAAAUAAUCACAGUGUUGCCCUCUUCUGGCAAAAGCUUGCCAUUGCAGGCCCUGAGUAUGUGGUGCAUUGGUAUCCGGUUGGAAACAUAGAGGCGAUUCAGUGGAUUAGAGUGGCGGGUAUCACAGCUAACAUUACAGGUCUGCAGCCUCUAGAAUGCUAUGACGGUGCAGUUACCGCUCUGGGAUCACCUGGUCUCAAAAUAGCAUCCAUUAAAGACAUCUCCACAUGGCAAUCAGCUCCAGAAGAGGGGCCAGAUCCUUACCUUUGCUCAAAGAAGAGCGAGAGCUUAAAUUUGACAUGGUCCGAAACCCCACAAAGGACGAGACGAGGCUGUUUGAAAAAAUACACUGUCUAUUUGAAGGAGAAUUCGAAGGAAGAUAUUCACAAUUUCAGUGUACUCCAUCCAAACAGACAGCUUGUCAUCGGCGGUCUGUCACCAGGACAGUGUUACAUUCUGUGGGUCACUGCCUGGACUGACGCUGGGGAGGGACCCAAAGGAAGUGAUCUCCCAUUCUGCACACCAUCAGACGCUGAGAAAACGCUGUCUCUUGUGAUCUUAGCCGGGGGAGCAGUACUUUUGGCAUGUCUUAUCCUCCUGUGCUUCUGUCAGUUCACCUCUGUCCAGAAAAGGUUCUUAUGCUGUUGCCAGUGUCUGCUGCCUAUUAUUCCAGAUCCAGCAAACAGCAAAUGCGCAAAAACAUAUGCAGAUGACAAGGGUGAAAUAAUGUUCUACCUAGACCAAUGUGAAUCCAGCGUGAAUGAGGAGCCUGAUAAUGUGGAGGUGGAAGAAGUUCCCUAUCCCUCCAUCUGCACCUACAUCAAAAGUUUCUCUCAGGAGUCCAGCUCCUCUGAUGCCACGCAGAUUACCAGGAUCACAGACAUGACGGAGGACUACAUCUCCACUCAUGGCGCAAUAAGUGGAGGAGAAGAGGAAGACGACGAUGAUGAUACGGGUUUGGAUGAAUUUGAAUUCUUCCCAAGCACACACAGCCCUUUCCUGGAGCCGCUGGUUUUAACCGGAGGGAAGCUGACGCUGGAUGUAGUGAAGAUAGACUGCAGCGAGUUUCUGGACUGCACAUAAUUCUCUAAGAGGCAUUAAAAUCUGAGCUGUGACUGUACUACGGAUGCUGAAAAAUAACAACCUUCAGACAAGUCAGUCAGAAAGGCACUUUUUCUCCUUGCUCUGAUACCCAGCCAUACCUGGGCAUCUCAAACUAACGUUGGACAUUUUGAAGUCACAGUGUAACGAAGUAGCGAAACAAUUUCUUUUUGCUUAUUGUGAUGAUCACCAAGGUGAAAUGAAUACAACAGGAGACUUGCAUCUUUCAGUUUUUGAUUGGAUGAAUGCAGAUCUGAACGCAAGCCUGCAGGUGAUUUCAAGUGGUUGGUUUAAGUGGACCAGAGGUUUCACCAGAAAAUCUUUUUUUUUGUUUUAAUGAAAAAUGAGGUAAGCCUCGGCUACUUACCUCUGAAAUACAGAUGAUCUCACACUGUUAACAGCCUUUUAAGAUUAUGGAUACUCAAUGAAUGUAAAUUGUCAAGGUUUCAAGCCAUAUUCUACAGAAGUUCCGUAUUUCCACUAGAAACACUCAGCAGCUGUCCAACACUAACUUUAACACUGUAACUUUUCAACUCUUUCAUAACACAUCAAGAAAAUAUUGCACAAGUUUCAAUACCAAGGAAGACUCAGUACUCAUAUCUACUCUAAUGCAAAAUGUUAAAACCAAUACAUUUGUCAUUGGCGCUGCUGAAUACUGUCUUAAUGUAAAGUUUUUUUAUUUGCAUGUAAACCUUGUGAAGUCAAAGCAUCAAGUAAAUUAUUUUUGUGGUAUGUGUGUGUACGGUCAUUACAACUUUACAGUGAAAUGGUAAAUGGGUCUGGGGAGAUGGCAAUACAUGAUUUCGUUCUAAUGGUAGACAUUUUACCAGCCAUCCCAAACAGCUGAUCCUGUGUAUUACACAAACUAAACCUCAACAAUAAACCAGAUUUCAUUUUAUCAAAGAAAUACGAAUGGCCCACCCACAUGCCUAGACUUGCAUCACUAUUAGAAUUCAGAAGACCUUAAAAUAAAACAACCAGCAUCAGCCAAGAGAAAGUUUGAAGCAGUUUCAUCUUUGUAGUUAAAGUCCACACAACGACUCUAUAUGAAUCGACCAUCUUUUAAUUAUUGACAGAGGUCUAAUAGCAGGGUAGGAAUUCACACAUCACUCAGCUGUUCCACACUGAACAGGAUGGUGUUUCUUUCAGAUCAGUUAUGCAGUAAAGCUGUUGUAAAAGCAAUGGGGCAGAAAGAAAAUGUCAUUUCUAACAGGAUUUAUCCAUUACCUGGCUCACAUAUUUCAGUAAACAGGAGUGCGGUGUGUAAACUUGCUUCUUGUAUUUACACUGGAACUUUGCGUAACAAGAAUGAUACUAUCCUGAGUUACCAGAGUCAAUGGCAUAAAGACACCAUGUUGAACUUUACAGUGGUCAUUCGAUAAAAGACACUUUUCGUGGUGAGUGCAACUGAAUCAUCGGAACUACAUCUUGGCAUUAAGUUAUGAAUCAUAAAUUGUACAUUUAAUCAGUUUUCAGAUUGUUUCAAGGCCUGCUUUCAGGGAACCGAGGUGUUAAAUCCUACAAUGAGCAGCACCAAAAUGCUCUAUAAUGUCCCUUAGAAAUACAGUAACCUUUACAAAUUAAAAGACUAACUUGUAGAUCUUACUCCUAAAAUGGCCUCCUUGUUUUCUGUUUUUCAGUGUAAAAAGCAAGCAACGGGACACCUUAAGAUAAACCAGUGUGCUCUUCACACCUAUUUUUGGAAAUGCAUAUUUUCAAGCAGCAGUACAAAAAGUAUCCAUGAACAAUGCAUAAUUUCUGAGAAAAAAAAAGAAACAACAAAAGAAACACUGUAUGAAAACAUCCCUGCUACCUUAUUUCUAAAUACAAAACCUCGACCAAUAAUUUGCUUCAUAAUAGCAAGAAGUCCGUCCUUUUUUUUUUUUUUUUUUUUUUUUUUUUUUUUUUAAU